UAAGAGAGUGGAACAGGACCCUAUUCAUCAGCUCGGGCAACAACUGUAGUGGAGCCGAAGCUGGCAAAUGCUAACCAAACGCUCAAAACUACACGGGCCUGCCUAAACGCUGCAACCCUGUCUUUCCUUCUUCCAUUUCCACAAGACCCUUGCGUGCUCUCUCUCUCUCCUCUUGGCGACGACUGGGUGGCAGGUGCCCAGGUCUUCUUGGGACCCUUCGCCGGCGACAAGCACCACCAGGUUCAGUCAUGAGUGGGCUUCUCAUGAGCUUCCCUAAGUGAUGCUUCAUAUGUUUUCUAACAUGUAACAUCUCCCGAUGUUAUCCAUGUACUGGAUAUAUCCUUAGAAGUCAGAGAUGCAGAAGUCUGAUCAUCAUGAGCAGAAGCUAACUUCACCAAGAGGGUUAAUCCAUAAGAUACUUCGUCGUACAAAUAGCAGGCGUUCUCCCACUGCAGCUGACCAACAACCUUCUCCUGUAUCUCCAGAAACAAGCAACUCAUCAAUAUUCUCAAAGCAAAAGGAUGUUGAUGAUGCCAUCAAGGAUUCAGAAAAGCUGAGCACACAUACUAUCAGAAUUGAAGAUGAGAAAUCUGAUUUGCUAGGGUCUGAAAUUUAUUCUGGAAAGCUUACAUUAGAUAACAAAACAAAAAGUUCAUCAAAUGAACAGUCUGGAUCAGGAUCUAGUAGCAAUUGCUUUGAUGCUAGGCUCAGCACUGAAGCCCUAAUAUGGGGUUCUAACAUCCUUAAGCUUGAGGAUAUUGUAUCUGUAUCAUAUAAUUCUGGUCUCCGGUAUUUCACCGUGCAUGCUUGUCCUCUUGAAAAAAUAUCCAGUGGACUAUCCUGCUUUAUGAAGCCUAGAAGAACCCAAACGGACUUGAAGUUCGUAUCCUCUUCUCCGCACGAGGCCUUUCGGUGGGUUAAUAGUUUUGCGGACCAGCAAUGUUACGUAAACCUGUUGCCUCACCCCAUGGCAUCUAGCAAGAAGCAUUCUUCUGAACUCAUUCAGUUUGAUGCCAUGUUUGAUCCUUAUGUUAAAUGUCGGUCUCCACCAAAGAUACUUGUCAUCUUGAAUCCUCGAUCUGGACAUGGUAGAUCUAGCAAAGUUUUUCAUGGAAAAGUGGAACCCAUAUUUAAGCUUGCAGGUUUCAAGAUGGAAGUGGUAAAAACUACACAUGCUGGGCAUGCAAAAUCUCUUGUAUCAACUAUUGAUUUUAGUACCUGUCCUGAUGGUAUUGUAUGUGUGGGUGGUGAUGGAAUUGUAAAUGAGGUCCUCAAUGGUCUUCUAUGCAGAGAUGAUCAAAAUAUGUCUGCCUCUGUACCAAUAGGUAUAAUACCUGCUGGGUCUGAUAACUCACUUAUUUGGACAGUCUUGGGUGUCAAGGAUCCAAUUUCUGCAGCAUUGUCAAUUGUCAGGGGAGGUCUUACACCUAUUGAUGUUUUUUCUGUUGAAUGGAUUCAAAGUGGGACUAUGCAUUAUGGUACAACCGUAUCAUAUUUUGGUUUUGUUAGCGAUGGUAAAAAUUCAACAUUUCUUGAGCUCUCAGAGAAGUAUCAGAAGCAUUUUGGUCCUUUACGAUACUUUGUAGCUGGUUUUCUCAAAUUCCUGUGUUUGCCAAAGUACAGUUUUGAAUUGGAAUAUCUUCCAGUAUCAGAUGUUAAUGGCGCCGAGCAUAAAAUUUUGGUAGGACAAGAAAAGGUUGACGCGUCUGAUCUAUAUGAUGAUGUAAUUCGGAGAUCAAGAGCAGAAUGUUUACCACGCGCCUCAAGUUUAUCUAGCAUUGAUUCAAUAAUGUCUACAGGCAUCAUGUCUGGGGCAGAGCUGGAGGUUUGUAGUCCUCGUGCAAAUAAUGAACCUUCUGAGGUUGUUCGUGGACUUGAUCCGAAAUCAAAGCGCUUAUCGUUAGGAAGAGCUAGUACAUUUAAAGAACCAGAAGAAGUGCUCCAUCCCCACUCCCAUGGUACAUCUACUCCCAGCUGGCGUAGAUCUAAGUCAAAAUCAAGGACUGAAAAGGCAAAGCCAGGCUUGUCUGCUACACACGAUGCAAAAUCUUCUAAGGUUAAUGCAGACAAAGAGGACACAUCAUCCACAAUUUCUGAUCCUGGACCUGUGGCUGUAUGGGAUUCAGGACCAAAGUGGGACGAUGAACCUAAAUGGGAUAAUCAACCUAACUGGGAACCCGAGACUUCAAUUGAGCUCCAUAGCCCUCGCGAGGAUAUUGAGCUUGGUCUGACUAAGGAGCUGGUACCUAGUUUAGAUGAAAGGUGGACAGUUAGGAAAGGACGCUAUCUUGGUGUACUGGUGUGCAACCAUUCAUGCAAGACUGUGCAGAGUCUGAGCUCUCAGGUUGUUGCUCCCAAGGCUGAAUAUGAUGACAAUUGUUUGGACCUGCUGUUAGUUGGUGGAAGUGGAAGACUGAGAUUACUGAGGUUUUUGGUGCUUUUGCAGUUUGGAAAGCACAUAUCUCUUCCAAAUGUAGAAUAUGUAAAGGUGAAAUCUGUGAGGCUCAAAGCAGGCCCAAAUACACACGACGGAUGUGGUAUCGAUGGCGAACUACUCCAUGUCAAGGGGCAAGUUCGCUGUAGUUUGUUGCCUCAACAAUGUCAAUUGAUGGGCAGGCCAGUGAAAAACCCUGUACAGUAGCUGUAAAUACACUAUGCGGACUGUCUGCAGCUCUGAGGUCAGCCCAGAAUCUUGCACCUGUGGUGUGUACAAGCGGCGAACCAUGGAUUUUCGUCUGCAUCCACAUGUCAGUAAUUAUAUUCAGAAGUGAGAACAUGAACAUCCUAGCUGGCACUCAGCUCCAGAGAUGUACAUUUGUGGUUGACGAGCAGAAGGUGCUGAGUGGGUGCUGUUUCAUCCAUAUGUAAAGCCAAAGCCUAUCUCGGACAGCAGCUUGUUGCGCACCUCUUGCUUUUGCCUUUUUCUCGUCCGAUAGAAUGCAUCUACUAUACAGCCAUCCUGAUGAGUGUACUUGGUUGCUCCAGAACAUAGUGUCCACCUCCACCAGCCGGGUGUCUUUGGAGGUUCCCUGAUGCCGGCCACUUGAUACUCAUUGUAGGGACAACACCCCAGUGCCCGUGUCCUUGAUCAGUCUGUUGUGUUUGCGAAGUGUGAAUAAGAUAUAGGACUGUUUGAUUCCCGGUACAGCGCAGGGUUUCAGCAGAAAGGGCUGGAUGGAUGAUGUUUUGUGGCGAUGCUGCCUCGUUGAGUCUUUAAAACGGGUGUAACUCUUCUUCUUUUGUGAGUCGUGAUGAUGUAUGAACCGUGUACUGAUUUGUAAACCUUGCCUGGCAGGCAUACAACUGUUUCUGAGGUGUGGUAUUCUCUGCCGGGGAAUAAGCAGCGUAGCUUCUCCUUUCGUA